CUGUAUUUUGUCAUGCUAAAUAUUUAGAGCUAGUAAAUUAUGGUAUUGAUAUGGGUUUUAUGAGAACAGCGCCACAAGUAUUGAAAAGAUUCUUGUAAGAAUGGAAUCAACAGAAGAAAAUAGUAGAAAUCAGACAGGCAGUUCUUAUGCACUAUACUGGGCUACACUGGCACUGGUACUUUACAUUGCUACAUUUGGAAUAGCUGGAUCACUUUCAUUUAUCCUGUACAUCUUACUAUUCGUCGCAGGGUUUCUUGUGGCGAUAGGAAACUGGAGUGUUAAACGAUCUAAUGAACUUCUUGCAUCAGAUGAUGUACAUUUAAUUGCUUAUGAAGAGCCUUACUGUGGUAUUCCAUCUGUUUUUAAAAAUAUCGAACAAGCUCCACAAGGCUACAAGUAUGACAAGAGAUUAACAGGAUCAAGUUGCAUUGAUGAAGUCUUACAGGAGAUUCUUCAGUUCUUCUUUCGUGACUAUAUUCAUUACUGGUACUCUACAAUCUCAGAUGAUGAGAGGUUUUUGUAUGAGUUGCGUUUGAUUAUUCAAAAAAGUAUAAUAAGCUUUGCAACAAGAGUAAAAGAAGUUGAAUGGGUUCCCUUUCUAACAACACGGCUUGUAGAUGAGGUUUCAACACAUUUGAAAAUCUUUAGAAUAACACGAGAACGGCUGGAGCGUCAAAAAAUGGAUGGAAUCCCUCAAAGCAAUUUAACUCCAGAGGAGAGUAAAGUACAAGCUGAAAUAGAUUUAGAAGAAAUGUUUUUUGCUGUUGAAUCAGAAGUUGAAAAGGGUAUUUCACGUGGUCCGAUUUGUUUGGACGACGAAGCUGAGCAACUUUAUUUGCAGGAUUUAACUGAAGUACUUCUGUACUUUUUGUUACCUCCUGAAGACUUUCAUAGUAAAACGAUCAGACUUUUCUUGCGGGAAAUUAUUGCCACAAGUGUUAUUCUUCCUACAGUUAAUCUGAUAUGUGACCCUGAUUAUGUAAACCAAACCAUAUCUUGGUUGUGUUCAAAAGAAACUACAUUUACAGUUGAAUCCUUCUUAACCACUAUAAGAUUCAGUGAUGAUAUUGAAGAUGUAGAAGAAACUAAAAAGAAAGUUGAUCUUGAAAUUGCAAAGUUGCGCUCACAAGAUUUGCAAGUUUUAGAUUCAAAUCAGUCAGAAAUAAGUGUGAAAAAACAGUUGAGUAGUUUAAUGUAUGUGCGUAAACUAUGCAUAACAACUAUCAGAGGACUGAAAAGUGGCAUGGUCGGUGAUACCAUGAUGGCAAUGGAACCAGAGCCUGAUUUAAUGGAAUUACUUUCACCUAAUCAAAAUAUUCCAAAGUUAACAUUACGAGAAUUACUUGAUGACAACACAGCGUUAUCAUAUUUUAUUGAAUUUAUGGCAUCAUACAAUGCAGAACAUUAUAUUUUCUUUCACCUUACUGUUGAGGGUUUUCGUGCAACCGCUAUUCAACAGUUGUCAAUAUUAGCAGAAGAAACCUUAAAAGCUCAAGAUAAACACAAAGCUGCUCCAACAUCAGAGAAUUUUGAACAACUUAAACAAGCUGCUACAAAUAUUUACGAAGAAUACAUAUCACCUAAGGCUUCACCUAGAAUAGUUCUUGAUGAUCAAAUGGUUAGAAAAAUUGUAAAGGAUAUAAAAAGUAGCGAGCCCAGUGGUGCUUACUUUGAUGCAGCUCAUAUGGCAGUUUACAAGAUUUUGGAGAGUCCAAAGUAUUAUGGUGCCUUUCUAAACAGCACCUCCUACUUGAAGUGUCUUGUCGAGCUUGACCUUUUAAAUAAGUCAGAUGAUGGUCAUUCGGAUGACGACACAGCCUCGAUUGCCAGUACAUCAACCACAGCAACACGGUCAACACUAGAAGAAGAUCUUCUUCAUGGUCAGACCUGGACUCCUGAUUGUGACUUGCGCUACUCAGCACUUAUUGGACAAGCAGGUUUAUAUACGCAAGAUGGACAUUCCUUUGUAAAUUAUACUGUUCAUGUUUGUCGUACAACAAGUUCUGGUUCCAGAAAUUGGAUUGUUAUGAGACGUUACUCUGAUUUUCAUGAUUUACACAUGCAGUUAAGAGAGAAGUUUCCCACCUUAACUUGGUUAAAUCUCCCUUCUAAAAAGACAUUUGGAAAUAAAGAUCAAGAAUUUAUUGAGAAACGACGCAAUGCCUUGGAAGAUUAUAUUCAGCCUUUACUAGACACAAAUUUGCUGUCUGGAUUUCCUGGAAUGUUUGAAUUAAUUGCUGGAUUUCUUGAACAAGGAGACUAUUUUAAAGGAAAAUCUUUAUUAUCUAGAAAGAUGGAUCACAUUGUGCAACCCAUGCAACGUUCUUUCUCGUCAGUGACACGCGCUGUCAAAAGCAGAGCUGAUACAGUGUCAAGAUGGUCUGGCGAUUUAGGUGAAUCAUUGAAGUCAAGCAAAAAUAAUGAGAAGAAUGUAGAAAAAGAUGUAAAUAUUGGAAAACUAUCAGAUGCUUUUGAUACUGAGGUUGAUGAAAACAUUCCUCUGCGAAUUUUGUUACUUCUCAUGGAUGAAGUUUUUGAUCUGCAACACAGAAAUCAAUGGCUGCGUAGGCGUAUUGUGGUUAUAUUAAGACAAAUUAUUAAAGCAACUUUUGGUGAUCGAAUUAACAGAAAAAUUGUUGAUUACGUGGAUUUUGCAACAAACUCGCAACAAAUUGCAGAAUAUUUAAAACAGUUUCGAGAUUCCUAUUGGCCUGGUGGAGUAUUGGCAGAGGCUGCACCAGAAAGACCAUAUGAUGUUCAACGUCGCCUUAGAAUGGUUACAAAAGCAAAAAUGAUUGGUUCCAUACCAGAUGAAUUAAAAAGAUUCUUAGGAGCUGAAGUCGUCCGUGAAGGUGGUAGUAGAGUAUUCGAUGUAUUUCAGCAUGUAAAUCUCAACAAAAGACUUUUUUACGUUAUGUUCGAAGCAUUUUUAGAAACAACAUUUCCAGAAAAUAAAUUUGAUGAAAUAUUUCAAAAAAUACAUAAAAGCAAGUCAUCCAGAACUUGAUUUUUAAUUGUAUAUUAUAUGUUUAUUUUUUAUGACAAUUUGAGUAGGUACCGUGGUUAAACUUUUUAUUUCACAUCUUCACUGCACCAACCUCACAAAAUCUGAAAUCUCUAUUAAAACUCUGUUGAAUUUUAAAAGCAUAUAUGAUUAUGAAAAUCCAGUGACAGGGCUACCCAAGAUUUGCAAGAAUUGAUAUUCUCCCUGUUCAAUUUCCUUUACUUUCAACCUGUUCACAUUUUUUUAUGAUCCUUUUUUAUGUGUAAUUUAGUUAAAGAAUUAGAUGUAGGUAUUUUGAAUUUAUUUUUGAAAGACAUAUUUAUAUUGA